GGCGAUCGGCGCUGUCCUAUCAGAGCUUUCUCGGCGAACGUGUCCGCUUCGAAUUUCACUGCGCAUCUUUAUCGCGACCAACGUGCAAUAGCGGUUUAACUUGCCCCGUGUUGUUUCUUGUGGCUAUGAGAUUUACAUUCACCAUUCACGCUUUGGUUACGCCGCGUUUAGUCUGUGUGUUGUCGUUCGUAUCGUAUCGUGGCCGCUCACCUGUCUGGUAGCAGCAACAGGUUAACGCGAAUACCGGCUCUAUCAACGAAACCAGGACGGAUGGACUCGCCUCUAUAGUAGUUAAAUUACGCGGCCCAUGACGUGCGUUUAGAAUGUUCCGCGCGUGUGGAUUUUUUCCAUAUGGAAAGUCUUCCAGUAGUGUAAAACGCACUUGAUAGGAAGACGGUGGUUGUUUUAUUGUUUGGGUAGUGGAACAAAGUAAAUUUUGAUAAACUGAAACUGUACCGGAAGUUCUGUUAUUAACUCCGCAUCAUGGAAACUUGUUUCGAAGUGGACAAGUCGUUAUACGACAUCGGAUCCGCCGACGAACUUAAGGAACUGUGGGAGUCCGAUUUGGAUCCGAAUAUGAACGACGUUUUGCGACUUCAUUCGGGGGAUGGCACCAUCGAAUGGGCCUAUAAUUUGGACACGAAAGACAUACCCGCCGUAAUACUUCACGACAGGUUAAUGACAGACGCUGCUCUGGGAUCUAGACCGAUAAAGACGGAACACAGUUACAGCCUCACUUCGGACGGAGAUUCUACACCCGAUUCGCCCCAUUCCCGCCAGCAUGUUGACGACAUGGAAGAAGAGUAUUAUCCAGCGAUUAAAAUGAACACGGCUUGCACGCGACUAACAGAUACGCACGAUACACUGGAUAUAAAAGAAGAAGCAGACUUUAAAGAAGAAAUGAGUGAAACUGAAAGUGUGGAGUCCUCUUGCCCGUCUUCGCCACAAGGACAUUUUAUCGGAACUAACGAUGUCAUAGAUGUUAAUAUGGCAACCUUACCUCAGGCUUUAUUAAAUGCGGCAACGUCUAACUUAUUGCUCACAUCCCCUCACAGCGUCAUUCCCCAAAGGAUACACAUUCCAAAGUAUAGCAUAAAAAUAGAAAAUGGAAAUGCAUUUCAUUUACCUCCAACGCCGCCAUCGUGCAGCAGUAGCGAUGAUUCCGAAGAUAACGCAACUAUUUCGCAACCACCAUCGCCGGCAUCAAAAAAAUCUUCAAACAGACUCAUCUUAAACCACGCCACCUCUACACGACAACCUAUUCACACGCCUUUGAUUAGUAGUCAGCCGAAAGGGUCCAUUGGAACUCUAAAUCUUACCGAAGAGGAGAAGAGGACACUUAUCGCAGAGGGUUACCCAGUUCCUACCCGCUUACCUUUGACGAAAGCCGAGGAGAAGUCUCUGAAGAAAGUCAGACGGAAAAUAAAAAAUAAGAUAUCGGCCCAGGAGAGCCGUAGAAAAAAGAAAGAAUACAUGGAUCAGCUUGAAAGAAAAGUUGAAACCAUGGCGAAUCAAAAUAGUGAAUAUAGGUUGAAAAUUGAGGCACUUGAAGACUCAAACAACAACCUGAUGGGUCAGCUGCAAAAAUUGCAGGCGAUAGUUGCCAGGACGCAUCCUGAAAUACUUAGGCAAUUAACCAAAUAGUAUACAUUUAAGUAUUUUCAGUUCCAACAGAUGUCUUCCACAUAAAGCGUUAAGAGUAUGAAUUUUGAUGGAUGCACAUUCCACUAAAAUAAAGCAAGUGUGUGAUGUGUUUCAUUAGGAAUUUGUGAAGGCAUAUUAUUGUUAUAUUAACUAAUAAGUGUUUUUCAACUUGGAAUGAGUUAUACCGAAAUUGGGGUUCCCAAAUGCUUAACUCAAUAUGUUUCUGAAUGUUAAACCAUCUGAAAAUGUGAUAUCCUAAUCUUAUUCCUUCUGUAAAUUCUAUAAUUAUUUAAAAAAAAAUCAAAUUCUCACCUUCAAAGUAUAUAUGGCGUGACUGUUUAAUAAUUUGUAACAUCCUGGAGAUUACUUCACAAACGCCACAACAUUAAAGGCAAGCAUUAAAAAUACUUCAUCUGAUGUUGAGUUUUCAUAAUAAAUUAAGUAGUAACUUUAAAGUCUCAAACAUAAGUUCAUGCAGAAAAUGAAGUUUCACGCAGGGCAAGAAUACUUCUUGUUGUUAUAUUUUAACACUAAAAAGGGACCAAUUGCUAAAGACAAGAUUGAAAGAAUUCAGAAAAAGUGAAGGUUUGGCAACAGACAUAACUUGGAACUCUGGAAGUUUUCUCAUUUGAGGGACCCGUCAAGAAAACACAUUUUCAACAAUGGUAUUAAUAUUUGAAAAUUAAUUUAUAAAUUAAGGUGUAAAAAUAUUUGCGUUCAAUACAGUAAGAAUCAUGUACAUAGUAAUAUGAAUUUUGAAAUAAAGUUAUUGUACUUAAUCAUUAAAUAUUUUAUAAAAAAUUUAUUAAAGUGAUAAAAAAUAUAGUUUUUAUACAAAUAUUUUACUAAAGACAAAAAUUUAUUGUCCAAUAACACUAAGGGCUCCCAGACUGAUAUUUACAUAUUUGAAUAAAUUUAAAUAUUGUUGCUAGUAACAAGAUUUUAUUGAAAAUUAUGUUAUAUUAUUACGUUAUAGGAUUAUAACAUAUUAACGUUGCAAUGUAUUCAAAGUUUAAAUUUACAAAGAGGUCGCUUUAGAGUGAUUUAGUAUUUACGAUACUAUUGCGCCAAUCAAAUUAUUGAGGAGUCAAUAAGUCAAUAGUGAUGGUGAAGGUUACGUUGUUUGACAAAUGACACGUCAUAAACGGACCAAUUACCUAGACUACUUUAUUUUUAUGAUUUUGUCGCCAUUUUGAUUUAAAUUAAAUUGCGAAGGUGUUAUAAAUUUGUUAAAGUGUAUUAAAAUUAAACAAAUAAUAUAGAUAACUAAGACCAUAAUGUGCCUAAAAGUGGUUUUAAUAUUUAAAUAAAGUUGGACUUGGUCUUACUCUUUGGGAAUACAAUUAUUUUAAGUAACUACCAAUAAUCCUUAAAACUUUCCAAAGCGAAACUUAGAAUUGUCCAAAAUGUUAUUAUAUAAUUUGUUAUUUGUUUUCAUACAAUUGUGUGGAUUUUAUUUAUUACCUGUAUAGUGUGGAAAUAACUCCAUUUAUGAAGGGGUUUUAUAAGGAAAUAUCGAUGGUGAACAAAGCUUUUGACUUCCAAGUUCCCGAAAUUUUUCCAUUUAAGUUUUUAGUUUAAGUAACGAGAUAUCUCUUGCUUAUCGCACUCUGGGUACUAUAUGUGUUUAAUCUUGUGCAACACGAUAAACGUAUAAUUAAAGAUUAUUAAAUCACAGACCCUUG